AUGACUGAACAACCUUCUUUAAAACGAAAAUUGAACGAAUCACCUACACGACACAGGCCAAUAGAACACUCUAAAACUUCCACAGACACCAACGGCCUCAUUUGGUCCAGACAUCACUGGAGCAAACUUGAGGAAUGGUACAUUGUAGAGGACCGUGAUUAUGUAAAAGCAGCAGAAGCUUAUUACAGCCACCAUUGCAUUCAAGCUGAAGAAACAUGGACACUAGCUCAACUCACAAAGAAGAGCAGAUGCUUGGAUACAUUUGCAAAAGCCCAUGAUAAUUUAUUGCCGUCCGAAUUACAACAGAAACGAAGGGAAAUCAUGAUGACACAGCUACCACCACUACCACCACAGCGUACACCCAGCCUCACACCUCAAGGCACUCCUACGCGUAUGAAUAGUGAUGAAACGAGACUGUAUAGAAGCCCAGUGCGUGAUUGGUCGCCUCGCAAUACACUGGACGACAAUGACGCACCACUACAGCAGCAGGAACAAACGAGCCCGUAUCGUUUCCGCCCUUCUUUGCUGGAAAGAACACCGUCCGUGAAACAAGAAACUGAGGAUCCUGUGCGCUCGCCCAAUCGUUUUCGCCCUUCUUCACUGGAAAGAGCACCGUCCAUGAAGCGAGAAACUGAGGAUAUCGUGCGCUCGCCCAAUCGGACGCUGUCGAGAACGGAUAGCUUGCUUCGUCAAAGUUCUUAUUCUGAAGACAUGCCGCCAGCAAAGUAUCCCAAGCUUAAAAGUUACCCUAGUGAUAUGAGUCUUUCUUAA